CGCACCAUUGACCCGCCUACACACCGACUCCUUUAUAAAUGCAGCUGACGUUGCUCAGACUGGACCUUUACGAGUUGUGACACCGUUGCGACACACUUUUAAAUAUCAAAAUUUGACUUUUGUUGUCUCAACUCUGGGGCAGCUCUCUCCUCUGUCUUCACCAAGGAAGCGCCUGCACCUGAUGGAUCUGUCCGACCUUCCCUUCGACUUCUACGACGACCCCUUCCUGGGCACCGCCGGUGUGAACUUCUUCGACGACCUGGACGCGAGGCUGCUGCACGUUGGCCUGCUGACGCCGGAGCAGCUCAGUCAGCCCCAGCACGUUCCCAGCGCCGAGGCGGAGGACGAGCAUGCGAGGGCCCCAGGGGGCCUCCGCCCAGGGGGCCUCCACCCAGCGGGCCGCUGCCUGCUGUGGGCCUGCAAUGCCUGCAGGAGCAAGACCACGCGCGCCGACAGGCGCAAAGCGGCCACGAUGAGGGAGAGGCGGCGGCUCAGUAAAGUCAACAGCGCCUUCGAGACCCUGAAGCGCUGCACGGCCCCCAACCCCAACCAGAGGCUGCCCAAGGUGGAGAUCCUGCGCAACGCCAUCAGCUACAUCGCGUCGCUGCAGGCGGUGCUGAGGGCCGACCAGGACGACAGCUUCUACCCACAGCUGGACCACUAUAGCGGCGGCUCGGACCCCUGCAGCCCUCCAUCCAGCUGCUCCGACGCCACGGUGGGUUUCACUUCUCCGACCAGAAGCGAGGACAGUGCCUCCUCCUGCAGCCACAUAGCGAACGAUUUCAGCAUGGAACCGCUGCUCAUUUCCAGCUUGGACUGUUUGUCCAGCAUCGUACAGCGGAUCAGCACAGACACCGUGUCUCCCCCCGGGGACAGCGUGGUGCCCCGGGGCCCGGCAUCGCCUCAGAGCCCUGCUCUCUGAGCCUCAGCUGGACCCAACAGCAUCUUUGAGCCGCUCUGACGCUCAGAGUCCAUGAAGCUGCUCCUCCAACUUCCAGUGGAACGGCUGCUGAAGGAAAACACUGCAAUGUGCCUGCAUCCUACGAAAGCCGACCGGGGUCAUUAUGCACGUAAAACAUAACGAGCCAAAGGAAGAAUGUGCGUCCUUAGAUUCUGCUGCAGAUGUGAAGAAGGACCAUGUUGUACAGCUGUAAAUGAAAGACGCUCUCACACAAAUACACAAUUGAUGAUCGUACUGUAUGAUUGUUUUAUAUUAUUUAUGAAAAAAUAAUAUUUUAUUAAAGAAAAUUUUAAAUUAU